UCUUGUCUUGUGUCCUUACCAAGCCGAGCAAGUCAAAUUCCUCUCUCGGGCUCCAUCUCACGAUCGCAGGCCAAGCUAUGCCAAUGGAGGAUAUGAGGGGGUACCGGGGGAUACCGGCGUUCGGGGAAUGGAACUACGGCGACGGCGACGGAUGGUCCGUGCUAGCCCAGCGUUUAGAGUCUGCGAUGCACAUCCCGUUCCCCGUACACAAACCCUGCAAGAGAACGAGGGCAGGUCGCAGGAGGCGCGUCCCAACGUUCGGAGAGUGGAACAACCACAUCAACGGCGACGAUGGUGGCUGGACGGCGGCCGUCGUCAACCAUUGCUUCGAGCCUGGCACGGUACACCAAUCACUCAAGGAGGAACCCACUGGUUACGACAGUGGCGUCGCCGCCAUUGGGAAGAAGUACAAGGUGGCUAGGGAAACCUGGCUGGAUGACUCUUGGACCCACACAGCAAUGGAACCCUUCUCUUUCGCGGCGGUCAAGGCUAUUGACGACGACCUGUAUGAGGUCCCACCGGACAUGCCCCGAGCUAAGCUAAUACAGAAGGGUAGGACGUGGCUGAGGAGCCAGCUAAGGAGGUGUUGCGGCCUCAACUGUUUCGCCUACUGAAUGUCGCCUAGGGUUCACAUUGUCACAUGUUUUGGUGGAUUAAUAGAUAAACUGCAUGACGUGGUUCUCCGUACUUGAGAAUGUAACUAUGUAAGAUGGUAUGGUGGUGGGUUGAUGACUUAUAUAUAGGUUAUUUAUUUUCACUCAUUUAUGUUAUCUAUGAGACAAACUCCCAAGCUGAUCAAUUUGAUUUAUGAAGAUUUAUGUGCUAA